CAAAUAAAUAACUAUGCGAAUCCAUUUUCGAAAGUCGCAUGGAGCAGUUCACGCCGGUUCGAACACUAAGAGAUGCCCUCUACGGCAAAGUGGUGCUGUGUCAGCGACACUUGUGCGACGGCGACGAUCUCGUCGCCAUUAAAAUGAUGAGCUUGGCCAGCAUAGCGACCAAGACGGCGGUUCGCGGUGGCUACCGCAUCAAGGAGGACGGGAGCGAGGAAGUGGCCAUAUUGAAAAGCCUGCCGCCGCACCCGUCGAUUGUCAACUUGCUCGAGCAUUUCGAGCACGACGGCAUGUUGUGUUUGGUGCUGGAAUACUGCUCGCUCGGGGAACUGUUUGACCACUUGCACCGACAAAAGCUGCAACUGCCACGUCACCAAAGUCCACAGCAACAGCCGUUCCUGUCCGUCAAGGCGAUGGUCGGCGGGCUUGUGUCGGAACGUCAGGCUGCCACGUGGUUUCGCCAGAUUGUCGACGGCGUGGCCCAUAUUCAUGCCCAUGGCAUUGCUCAUCGUGACGUGUCCCUUGAGAAUAUUCUGCUCGAUGGCAAUCAGCACUGCCGAAUAUGCGACUUUGGGCUGUCGUCGCGCGAGGGAAAACGAUGUGUGGGGCGAGUUGGAAAGCCAUUCUACAUGGCCCCGGAAGUGUAUUUCGGGGAUCUUCAGCGGUACAAUGGAUUUCAAGCAGACGUUUGGUCGCUAGGGAUUUUGCUGUUCAUCCUCCUCAGCGGCAUCCCACCGCUUGAAGUGCCGUCUGAGAUCGACGCGCGGUUUCGCAUUAUUCGCCAAGACGGCAUCCACGUGUUGGCCAAAAUGUGGGGCUUAACUAUAUCCAAAGACGCGCUGGACUUGUUGUCGUGCAUAAUAAGAGCGCAGCCGGACGAACGGCCAUCCUUGGACGAGAUCUUAUGUCAUCGUUGGUUUCAAUCGCGCUGGUUAGACGCUACUGUCGGCAACGAGGUCCUUGUGGCAUAACUUGUCUAACGAGUACUAUAACUGUGAUUGGAUGACCGACA